GGGCCUCAAGAAAAUGUGUAUAAUUACUGAGGAUAAAAUUCAUCAAAUGAUAAAUUUACCAUUCGGUCUUAAAAAUGCUACUAGUGCGUUCGCGCGAAUAAUGGAUCAUGUACUUACUGGACUUGAAAAUGUGAUUGCUUAUGUUGAUGAUAUAUUAAUUUUCACUAAGUCUGAAAAUUUUGAUGAGCAUAUUAAGGCCCUCAGAAGUGUUUUUGAAAGAUGUAGGCGUUUUAAUUUAAAAUUAAGCCCCAAAAAGUGUACCUUUGCUUCGGCAUUUAUCAGGAAUUGUUAUUUACUCUUCGGCGGCUGCACGGAAUUAAUUACUGACAAUGCUUUGGCAUUUACUUCAGAGUUUUUCAAAAGUCUGUGCAAUGUUGUACAUUAAUAAAACGUAUGCCAUACCUCAUUGGAGCAAAG